UGUUGUUGAUUCGCGUAUUUCUUCACUCAUUUUCAUUCUUUUUUGUGCGUGGCGAGAAGGAUUCUUACUUCUAACAAAAGCGAAGCCACCCUCCGCGAGCGUGCAUACAGCUGCUCACUUGAUAACACAAACGGGGGAUUUCGAAUUGUGGUUCCUCUUGCUACAAGGCGGCUCGGUGACAGAAGCUGGUCAACAAAUGCAGAAAAGGGAGAAAAGUUUCGGUAUACAAAUGCUCUCCGUCCAGCCGGACACCAAGCCAAAAGGCUGCGCCGGCUGCAACCGGAAAAUCAAGGACCGCUACCUGCUGAAGGCCCUGGACAAGUACUGGCACGAGGACUGCCUGAAAUGCGCCUGCUGCGACUGCCGGCUCGGCGAGGUGGGCUCCACGCUCUACACCAAAGCCAACCUCAUCCUCUGCCGGCGUGACUACCUCCGCUUGUUCGGCGUGACGGGGAACUGUGCGGCCUGCAGCAAGCUCAUCCCAGCCUUCGAGAUGGUGAUGAGAGCUAAGGAGAACGUCUACCACCUGGACUGCUUCGCCUGCCAGCUUUGUAAUCAAAGGUUUUGUGUGGGAGAUAAGUUCUUCUUGAAGAACAACAUGAUCCUGUGCCAGACGGACUAUGAAGAGGGUUUGAUGAAGGAAGGCUACGCACCCCAGGUCCGCUGACACCCCCAGAACAACAAAAAGAGACACAAUGGUGGAGGAGGGCGGGCUGAGCCGGAAGUGGAAAAAACAAACUGAAAGGAGCACCUGCAAUCAGAUGCCAAAAAAGCACUAAAACUUUGUCCAACCCCCGUCCCAUCAACACAUGUACAUACCCUAAAGCGGCCCUUCCCCUCCCCCUGAAAUGGGGGCUCCAGUGUACAGAAUAGCCAUAGACUCUCAAGGUUUUUUUUCAUGGGCGUGGGAAAAGGAUAUUGGGGUUGAGAGCCUCUUUUACAGUGUCACCGUCAACAGUGAACGUUGUGCUAUUUCAACGUUGUUUCAAGGUUGUUUCAACGUUGCAUCAUGAACAUGCUGCCUCUCUCCCCCUCUGCCCGACACCAACACAAGCCUUAUGGAGACAGCCAGCCCCCAUCCACCAAGCCCCUCAAAGGACAACCAGAUACCCUACUGCUCCAUGGGACAUUGCGAACAGUGAAAACGUAUCCCAUUUCUUUCCUGGACUAAGGACCCUCAAAUAAAACAAUCAAUGUAAAUGGCUGAAAUAAAUACAAACAAAAAAACUUUUGCAAGCAGGGUGCUGGGUCAACAUAAGAUCUCAGGUUGAAUGGGUUUCUUUAUUUCCUCUCUCACCCUUGAAAUGGCAAUGCCUGCCUACCAACCUGCUGCCAUCGCUGAAACAGUUUUAAUUAAACCUUUUUUUGAGACUUGGACACAGUGCAGAGUGCAGACUGCAUUGGAAUUUGAGGGAACUGAAUACAGUGCAGUACAGUAUAAUGGAGGCAAUUAACAAUUUCAGUAAGCUUUGUCUGCCUUUAAUUUAAUGUGUGUGUGUGUGUGUGUGCGUGCGUGCGUGCGUGCGUGCGUGCGUGCGUGCGUGCGUGCGUGAUAGAGACAAAACAUCAAAAUAAGUUUGCAUGUGAGAACGAGAGCGUAUGUCUCCCUAAAUAAUAGGAAAAGGCUGAGCUAAGAGGGGCUUGAAGGGGAAGUGUGGUAAAAAAACCUUUUUGUACAAUGUAUUUAUUUAAUGCUUUCAGUGAUCACUGUAUAGUCUUCUAAGGCUUCACUCCCAAUUUGUUUAUACUUGAAUUCAAUCACUGAUGCGUCACUGAUGGCAUAUUUCUACAUGAGUGUUGUACUGUAACUUUAUUUUUUUCUCUUCCUGCUUUGUCAAUGUCUCUUAUGGCACUUGGGCCACAUUUGUCAAGGAGAGCGCCAAUGUGGUUGCCUUAAGAAACCGCUGGUCACAUGUUGCGGAGGUGUAAAUGUCACCUUAAAUCCCUGGCUCAAGAGGUCACCUUUUCCUUAUGGGAUGCCAUUUUAGUUGUUGACACAAAUCAGCCGGCAUACUUGCAUGAGCUGACUGUCGUGCCACCCGCGCCCCCACCACCAGACCACCACACAGGUGAUCGCAGGCAAUGAUUCAAAUGCUCAAAUCCUAAGGGCACAAAAGCAAAAUGAAAAAAUUAUAGGAAUAUGAAUUGAUUUGUAAAUCAUGGUUGUACAUACAGAAAAAAAAUCCUUUUGCUUGCUAUUGUAUAAUGAUUCCUUUUUAUGUGUCAUUCAGCAUGAGAUGUUAUUUUAGAGCGACGCCUGUACAUACUGUAUUGUAAUCAUUUUAAGAACAAAUGUAAUACAGUUUUAUUGUG